AUGUGUACUCCGUUCCCUGCCCUUUCUGCUGAUGCCACUUCCAACCCUGCCCCCCACCUCUCUCCUGGCCCCUCCCCCUGUCGUCCCGCCACGCCCCAGACCACGGGCGAGGCGCUCAAGGGCGGCCGCCUCGUGGCGCAGGUGAUGGCGGCGGAGGGCUACACGGUCGUCCCCGCGCCCGGCCUGGCCCACACGCCCUCCAUGAUCACAGCGGUGGAGCUCGGCAGCCGCGAGCGCAUGGAGGCGUUCUGCCGCGGCAUCCAGAGGCGCUGCCCCGUCGGUUCUUACAUACGGCCCGUGCCCGGCGUCACUGCCGGCUACGGCGACGAGGUCAUCUUUGCUGACGGCACGUUUGUGGACGGCUCCACCGCAGAGCUGUCCGCGGACGGCCCGUUGCGGCCGCCCUACGUAGUUUACUGCCAGGGCGGCACCCACUGGACGCACUGGGCCAUCGCGCUCGAGUCGGCGGUGGAGGAGCUGCGGGCGGAGGUGGAGAGGCAGAGGGGGGCGGGCUUGUAG